AUGUCAUGUGUCAAUCUGAAACCUAUACAUUCGAUUUAUAUACAUAAAUACGAAAAUACACACAACCUCAAAAUUACGGAACAAAAGAAUCAAGUGACCCGCUCCGAACAGAGCAACAACGAUUACAGGGUUGUUGUUUUUGGAGCUGGUGGUGUGGGCAAAAGCUCAUUAGUAUUACGUUUUAUAAAAGGUACCUUCCGAGAAUCAUAUAUACCAACUAUAGAGGACACAUAUCGUCAGGUAAUAAGUUGCAAUAAAAAUAUUUGCACUCUUCAAAUUACGGAUACUACGGGAUCACAUCAAUUUCCUGCAAUGCAACGGUUGUCGAUAACAAAAGGUCACGCUUUUAUAUUAGUAUAUUCUGUUUGCUCAAAGCAAAGUUUGGAGGAAUUAAAACCGAUCUGGAACCUUAUAAAGGAACUAAAGGGUCAAGAUGUUGUGAAUAUUCCCGUUAUGCUGGUAGGCAACAAAUGCGAUGAAAGUGAUGAAUUACGAACUGUAUCUGAAAUGGAAGGGAAAGCGCAGGCUGCAAGCUGGAAUAUAUCCUUUAUGGAGACAUCAGCAAAAACGAAUCACAACGUUACCGAGCUUUUUCAGGAAUUGUUAAAUUUGGAAAAAACACGCACUGUAUCAUUACAGUUGGACAACAAAACCAAAAAGAAACAGAAAAAGGAGAAGAAAGCUAAAGAAAGCAAUGGCGCAAUAUCUGAAAACGGCGAAGGUAGUACAAGCGGUGCCAAAGAAAAAUGUAAACUUAUGUAAGUAGACAAACAGACAGACCACAAUACGAGGUGAUCAUCGUCAUCAUUGUUAGGAAAUACUUGUGUUGCAUAUGGUACAUAAAUGUAUGAUGCACUAGUGAGUGAGUUUUAAUUAAUACAGUGCGUUUUGCCAAUUAUGGCGCUUUAUUUCGCCAAUAAAUAUACUCGUUUUUUUUAAUAUAAAUAUUGUUAAAAAAUAUUUUUAAUAUGAUUUAACAAAAACCCAUCUACAAAAAUACUCGUUAAAAAUGUAUAAAUUAUUAAAGUUUCUUUUUUAUACAUACUACAUACACAUAGGGAUAAAAAUCAAGAAUAAGUUUUUCUUAAUUUGCACGAUAAUAAAAGCGCUCUUGAAACAUUGAAAAGAAUAUUAAUAAUACCUACGACCUAAACUUAAUAAUCCAAAUCUAAUCUAAUAAUGCACCUAAUUUUAGUUUUAACUAAACGCUAUCAUAUUUUUAAUUUGUUUCAUUCUAUUUUUCUAAUUGCUUUCGAAUCGCACAACUACUGAGACACUAAAAAAUAAAACUUAAAAUUCAUCACUUACUAAACAGAUACACAACAACACAUAAAAAUUCUGCAAAACUCGAAAUAUUUAUAACAAUUAAAAUAAAAUACAUAUCAAUCAAAUUCAGUUUGCAUCUUGGCCAAAACAAUCAAUGACCAAACUAUUAUUACGAAAUACAUACAUACAUACUUCUUAUACUACAUAUUACCUACUACUAUUACUUUAUAUAAUAAAUACAUACAUACAUACAUACCUACUUACAUAAUCGUAUAUACAUAUAAACAUUAUAAAUGUUUAUGUACAUUCUUCGAUAGUAUGCAGAGUAUGAAUAUAGUUUAAUUGAAUGUCUAUCUAUGACUAUCCUAUGAGAUUCCUAAAAUUUUAAAGAUAUUGUAACAAAAUAUAAAUACAUACAUACUUAUGUAAAUUAAAUUUAGUCCCAAUAAAACUAAGCACUAGAUAAUAAAUGUUUCAAUAUUCAUAAACAUAAAUAUUUCAAUUACAGUAAAAGCUAGAUGAAACAUCGAAAAAGUCAUUACAAAAAAAGAUUAUUAUGUUUUAAAAUUCAUUUUCAAAAUAUUUCGUAAUAUCGUGUCCAAAAAAUCUAAUAUUUGUAUAGUUAUUGGUUUUCCAUGUUAAUUUUAAUCUUAAAACAAAUUUGGGUUUUUACACAUUUCAGUCUUGUUACAAUUACUAACUUUAUUAAUUCGGUUGAAAAUUAUUUAACCUAUUAAUUCUCUGUCCUUACCACUACAGGUUUGAAAUCGUAAUAGUAGUAUUACAUAAUUUCCAAACAAUAAUAAUAAUAAGUUCCAUGAGUAUUAUAUGUAUGUAUUUAUAUUUAACAUGCUAUUAAAAUCACUUGCUCUUGUAUGAGCUAAAUAUGUUCCUUACGUAUUUAAAAUUGAUUACAAUGUAAAAUGGCAAUACAUAUUGAGGAAAUUAACAUAAGUUUAUAGGAAUUUUACUUACAAAUAUUUUGAGAACUAAUGCUGGGUUUUGCAGUUCUCUCUAAGGAAGAAAAGUCACUUAAGUUUUGAAAUUUGUAUGAAAUUUUUCAAACUUAAGUAAUAUUUUUCCCUUAACUGUAUGCUAUAAAACCGACCCUAAGUUUAAUUUAAACGAAAUUCAGGUCCUUAAAUUUACAUAUAUAAUAAUUUACCGAAAACGUUGUCAAAUAUAUAUACAUAUAUAUUCCUUUAAAAUUUAUUUUUACCGAUUAUGUUAUGUAUGGAGGAAGUCAGUACUCCAACUAUAAAACUCGUAAAUUUGCCAACAAAGGUCGAUUUCGAAAAUGUAAAAUUUAAUAAAAUUUGUUUAUUUAGUUUGCAACAGUUUAAAUGUAAAUAAAAUUUAAUCAUUCAUAAGUAAUUUAACACUUCAUAUGAAUUAAUUUAUCGGAAAGUUAAUACAACUAUGUAUAACUAAUCCUUAAAGAAUUAUUUCUCGGAAUUAAACUUCUGGGAAUGUGUUUGAAGAAUUGAAUUAUAUUUGAAAAAUAAUUCAAUUAAGAAAAAACUAAGCAUUAAAUAAUUAAUUCCUUCGAAAAUUUGUGAUUAGGGAACCGAUUUUAAUGCCAUUCUUUUCAUAAUAUAGUUAUUCUCUCCACUUGUACAUCUUUCUGCCUAAAAACCACUUUUAUAACGUUUAAAAUAUUGUUUGCCAAAAAUAUAAAACAAGUUUUAACAGCAAUGUAGGUAGGUAUAGCAUGAUUUAGCUGGAAUUCUAUUUAUUUAAUGUGAAACUAUCUUUUUCUUUUCUUAAGGGACACAGAUUAACCAUAUGUAUGUACUUAUUUAUGACAAAAUAUCUAUAAUUUACAGAAUUUUAAUAUUCCAACGUACUUCUAUCACAAACGAUAACACAAUGAAAUUAAUUUUAUGAGAUAUAAGCUCAAAUUGUUGUUAAGAAAUAUAUAUAAUAUAACAAAGCAAGCUAAUUGUAUUAUACAUAUGAAAAAUGAUUUUACUAAAAUCUCAACUUUUAAAAACAUAUUAAUAUUUUCAAAAAACCUUUUGCCUGUAACCAUGUCUACGUAUAAGUAAUAUUAGAUUUAAUGGAUUCAGUAUAUAAAUAUUUCAGGUUUUUAUGAAUCUGCAAUUUAAAAAUUUAUUACAGUUUCAUAAAAUAAUUACGUAUGCUAUUUUUCUAAAAAGAUAUGAAAUUUUGAGCGAUGUAUUCUAAUUAACCAAAUUAAUUUAAAUAAAAGCUGUCAAAUUGUUAGUUGGAUUUAUCGUUUGUGUUACCGUGCCUUACAUUGGAUACACUUAUUACAAAUGUUUGUAAUCCAUUCAAGGUUUUUGUAUAAAAUUGCAAUGAAAUAUUUUUCCAAUUACUUAGUUUUGUUUGUCCUAUUAUAUUUAUACAAUCCACGCCUAAUAUGUAUGUGUUUUAAGCCACACAAAAAUAAAAAUAACAUUUAUAAUAGAAUUAUACUAAAAAGAAAUCCAUUGUUUGCUGAACAAUUUACCAAAAUAAGCAUAUUUAAAGAAAACAUAUUUUUUAAGAAUAAUUAGGCAGUUUUACAAAGCAAAAUAAAAUAUUUAUUAAAAGAAAAAAAAAGAUAAAUACAUACAUAUAUACAUUAUACAUACAUAUAAAAACACGAUAAUCAUAUAUUCAUUAUACAUACAUAUAAAAACACGAUAAAAUAAAAAAACACUUUAUAAGUUCAAAUAACAUUGUUAAAUCUUUAUUUAUUUUUGUUUGUUUGCUUUUUAUUGCAGUUAUUUUUGUAGAAAUUAGUUAGUAUUAAUUGUUAGAAACUUUAUUUGAUAAGUAUAAAAAGCUUUAAUUACUACAACAAAAAAAAAACCUAAUUACUAUGUUUUAAUACAUAAAUAUAUUAAAUUAAAAAAAAAAUAGAUUUAUAAUGUUAGUAUGUACUUAAUUUGUUUAAUAUUAUACAAUUUUAGAAACAUUUCUUAAAUAAUAAAAAUGUGCUAGUCGAAGUUGUUAUUUCAGUGGGCCAUAUUUUGCUUAAAUCUAAACUGAUUUUCUUGUUUUUAACUUUUGCAAUCAAAAUUCGUACUUUGUAUUUGCUUAACAAAAGAAGUACCAAAUGCUUUUUUUAUAAUUCAGUCUUUUUCCUAUUUUUUAUUUCAUUUAUUUGUAAUACAUAGCCUAUAAAAGCCAAAAUAUUGAUAUUACACAGAAAAUUAUGCUUGAGAUCAUAUAAAAAAUUUUCUCAUAGCUUUUCGAAUUUUAAUCAAACUAAAAUAUCAAAAGAUAACCGGAUUAAAUUAUUAGUUCCAUUUCAUUUAACGCAUUCUAUUUCGGCUUAUAAUGAGUGCCCAUUUUAUGAAUAAUUAAAAUCAUCAUACCCGAGCACAAUGCAAUCACCAACACCGAACUACUUCUACAUACACAGUUUAAAAAAACAUUUGAAUUUAUUAUUUAAUGCUCAGUUUCGUUAUUAAUUAUUUGUAUUAUUUCUGCACGUGUCUAUUAAAAAAUCCAUUUCGAUAGAGGACCAAUAUUUUAAAUAAGAUUUAUAUAAUGAACACCUAAAUUAUUUUUAUUGACGAACCACCCCAUCUUUCCAUUUUUAUUAAAUACUUAUUUCGGUAAUAUUAAAAAAAGAAACAAAAGUUUAAUUAAACAGAUAUAAAUACAUACAUACAUAUAUGAUGUACAUACAUAUAUACAAAAGAAAAAAGCAUAAUUGUAAAAAAGAUUUCAUAUAACAUACAACGAAUAAUUAAAUAUUUAACAUUUUUUAACUUAAUAUAAAUUUGGCUUUUGCAUUAUAAUAUUUUUUUAAAUCGUUAUUAUUAAAUAUUUAAGUAAACGUCUACAUCGGUAGACAAAAAACCAAAACAAUACAUUAGACCACCCCUCGAUGUUGAUUCUUGCCAUAAUAUUUAUAAAUACAUACAUACAUAUACUUAUAGUAUAAAUACACACAUACACGUACAUAUAAUAAUUAUUACUGCUUUAAGAAAGCAAUAUACACAUAGUGGCAUUUUGCCUGAAUGUAAUUUAUAUUUCAAUAUGGAACGGCAAAUAAAGCGGUGUUCUAAUGUAUCCGAUGUGCACACAAGUGCAUAUACAUACAUAUAUAAUUGUAUUCUUUUUUAUUUAACUUGAGCUUUAGAUUUAAAUUAUAAUUAAUUCUUUUCUCAAAUUGCUUUGAAAGUUAAUAGAAAAACAAACAUAUUACAAAAAAAGGAAAUGCUUCUUAAAGAACUUAUUUAAUAAAUUAAAAAUUUCUCCCAAUGUAGUUUUUAAACCGUUAAUGAAAUAAAUAUUACAAUAUAAUAAAGUGAAAAUAUAACAAAAUACAUACUUUAUGAUCGGUAAUAUAUAAAUAGUUUGAACAAUAUACAAAAUACAUACAUACUUCUAUUUAAAUAUUACUAAUUAUUACAUGUACAACUAAAACAUAAAUACAUACAUAAUAAACAAUAUUAAUUUAAUAAAAAACAUUUGAAAAAUAAAGUAAUUU